AUGGAACAAUCACAGAAUCAACUGGAAGAGUUUCCCUGCAGUGCAGAACGGGUUUGCAGGAUCUUGAACCUGGAUUGUGGUGAUGUGCGCGCAAAGAGAGUCUUACACGGAUCUUCCACAGCAGAAGUGUGGCAAUUGUCUGUAGAAGUGUUUGGACAGCCAAGUAUGAGGCUGCUCGCAAAAACUAGCAGCCACUCAAACGAGGUCUUCUUUUAUUCGUCGGAGCAUGCUCAUGACUUGCAAGAACAUCGUAUAAUUCCCACAUGCUAUCAUGCAGAUGCGGAUUUGAUUUUGCUGGAGGAUCUCUGCGUUGAUGCCUGGAUGCCUCUUGAUGAGAAGAUUGAUCCGAAUCGUGGAAUGCCAGUUGAGUUCGUGUCCCAUGCGGCGGCAGGGUUAGGCAAGUUUCAUCUCCGAGGUCUUCUUUGUGGAGGCACAUCCUUGCCUGUUCAAAAGUACUUUGUGGACCAAGUCCUUUCUAGAUACCGAUACCGCUGGAUUUUUUUUGGCAGCAUACCACCAAGAGAGGCCGCAGAAACUGCAAUGGGGCUGCUUUUGCAAGAUGUAGCUGAAGAUGAAGUGCUGGACCCCGGGACGGUAGUCGACGUCGUGAGCGCAUUCUGUCAUUCUGCGUUCAUGGCGGCCGUGCCCAAGUGGCUUUGCAGUCGGCCUAUGUCUGUUCUUCACGGCGACUUACAUGCGGGCAACGUGUUCAUCAAGGGAGAGGCGACCAUGUUCAUAGAUUUUGAGCGCACCACACCAUCAGGGCCGAUGGAAGUCGACCUUUCGAAAUUGAUUGUCGGAUGUUUUCCUUGCAAAGCUUUGGCAAAGCGCCUGGAUGAAGUGAUGCAGGCGUAUAACGAGGCAAUUCGUCCAGCUCAUGUGGACCGUGAAGGAGUCGUACUGACGAUAUGUAUGGAAGCAUCCUGGAAGAUUGUGCGGUGUGGAUCUGAGUUCUAUUCGCCUGAGCGCAAGAAAUCCGAGCCCGAGCUACGAGGACAGGUUACGGCUUGUUCAUGGAUGCUGUGGCAUUUUGCAGAUGAGUGCAUGCAGCUCAUCGGCAGCUUACUUGCGGAAGGCAAAGUGCCUUCCGCCUUGCCCUGA